AGCCGGCUACGUUGGCAAUAUGGCGUCCUCAGAUGUCCACGUCCGAAUAUGCGAACAAGAAAUACUCAAAUAUGACCUGGAAAUCAAGGCUCUCAUCCAGGACAUUAUUGAGUGUCCAGGACCUCAGAGCAAGCUGACAGAAGUAAACGCUGAAGUGAAGAAGAGUUUCCACAACCUCAGACAAAGGAUUCAGGACUUUGAGCAGAUGGCAAUGGAGCAGGACAGAGAGUCAGACAAACAAGCUUUGCUCAGCCAGGUCGAGGGACACAAAAAACAGAUGUUGAGUAACCAGACAGCCUGGAGGAAAGCCAACCUGGCCAGCAAACUCUCCAUCGACAACAUGGAAAAGCAGGCACUUCUCAGUGGAUCUGAUAGCGCUGUGAGGCAGAGGAAGAUGACCAAAGAGGGCCUGGCCCAGACAACCAGUGACAUAACGGAAAAUCUUAUGAACAUCAGCCGGAUGAUGGCUCAGCAAGUUCAGCAGAGUGAGGAGACCAUAACGUCACUAGCAACCUCGUCGAGAACAAUCCAGGAGACGAAUGAGGAGUUUAAGACCAUGACGGGAACCAUUCAGCUCGGGAGAAAACUCAUCACCAAGUACAACCGCAGGGAGCUGACUGAUAAACUGCUCAUCUUCCUGGCGUUGGCGCUCUUCCUCGCCACCGUGCUCUACAUCCUCAAGAAGAGACUGUUCCCCUUCCUAUAAACCAGGUACCUCUGAGGAGCUCUCCCAUUAAAACACUACAGUACUUUCCAUAGUCAACGCAAACGAUUUACACAACCCUGAACGCUGCUUCUCAUGUUACACUCGAGUGUCUGCUCGGUGGAAUGUGGACUGCUCACUUGACUGAACUGUGAUGCUGCUGAGAGUGAAAUAUUGUCCGCAAAGAGGAAGGUAAACUUGCGCACCUAUAGCUUAUGCAGCGUUUUAUUUAUUUACAUGGUUUUUAAUUUGUCACACUGAAGGAAAAAAAUCAUUCUUCUGGGAUAGAGGGUGCAAACUGUGUCAGAAGUCCAUCUUUACUUGAGUGCCGGUAAUGUAAAACAGAUUUUUACAUGUGACACAGCGAGUAAUUUUUAGGGUUUUUGAAAAGUAAUAGAGAGGAAUGUGGUAGCAGCAUUUCAGGAAAAUGUGAUGAUCACGGGAAAAAAAUAACUUUAAUUGGCAUAUCUGUUGUUAAUUAAUAUUAUAGUAUACAAUACUAUUAAUUGCUGUUGCUCAAUAGGAGCAUGAAAUGGCACCGUAGCAUCUUUGGGAUCAAUAGUAUGACUGAACACGUCGGUGUAACAGUCAUACAGUUUCCAUUAAUGGUACCUUUUUUUUAAUCAUCCAAUAUCAUAUAAUCACUGUGCAAACUUUCUUGUGAAAAUGCUAUUUAUGGCCGUAUACUGUAUAAUUACUGUAUGGUGUAAUUUAUAACUGCAUAAUGAUGCUAUUUUUAAAUUAUAGAACACUGAAAAUGCUUUUUUAGCUUUAAUAUGAUUCAGGCCCAACUGCACUCACUCAGUUUGUGUUUCACUGGCUGGACAGCACUAGUACUGUGUACGUGCACUCACAAUUGUCCCCAUGUUUUAUUCAGUCAGCAUGUAAAGCAAAAACAAAAAACAAAAGAAACCCUUUAUUAAGUGUGAGAGUCCUGCUCCAUCUCUGCUCGUGUCUAAGCUCGGCUCUGAGGCUGCAGCAGAGCAGAAAAGCUCAGAAAAGGAGUAGCAGUGUUCACACUGGCAGAGAUAGAACAGCAUGCAUCCCUGCCUUUCUUCAGAUAAGACCCGGAAAAGCAGAUUAUUCCGACCCGUUUCCCUCUCCCUUUCCAGUGUGGGUGGAGGGUGAGGGGGGAUAUUUUUAGGUUUGUGUGGCACUGUUAUCUGACGUUGCCUUUUCAACACCACGCAGGAGAGGGUGGCCAGAGGAGCUACAUGACCUUGCUACCCUUUCUGCAAUUGCCUGGCAUUGCCGUUUUGUUAAAUAUAUGUAAAUGCUGUCAGUAUUGAUUAUUAAUAAACACAAAGGCUUCUGAUUUGGUGUUUCAAA